UGGGGGGUAAGAAUCGGACGAACCUUGAGAUAGAAUAUCCCCGCAUGAGCUCGAGGCGAAAGCCUUUUCUUCUGACUCGUCUCCUCUGCGCACGAUGGGCUCGCGGAGAAACCUCUCCUUUCCCUCGUCUCCUCUGAACACAUGAACGUGAGGAGGAAGCUCCGCCAACUCUUGCAGAGGAGAUCUAAGAUCCACGCGAGGGACGAAGGCUCUUCUCUCCCUCCCCCCUCGAGGACCAGCCCCCACCCCAUCGUUCCCUUCGCUACUCCCAGGAUCCGGGCAGAGUCCCAGAUCCCCCACGGGGACAAAUUCCAGAACACACGGAGGUUUGCCCGGGAAUCAUCGGCGGGUGUGCUUAGCUUGCUGCUCGGAUUCUUUCUUGUGCGUAUGGGGAUGGAUUCAAGCACCAUUCAACUUCCACCCACGGAGAGUACUGAAUUGGAGGAGUACCCACCUGUGACCUCCUCGAGGAUCAAGCUGAGGGAUGGGAGAUUCCUGGCCUACACCGAGAGGGGUGUCCCCAAGAGCAGAUCCAAUUACAAGAUCAUCAUCGUCCACGGAUUCGGCAGCUCCAAGGAGAUGAAUUUCCCGGUGUCCCGAGAACUCAUAGAAAAGUUGGGCAUAUAUAUAGUACUUUAUGAUCGAGCUGGUUAUGGUGACAGCGACAUGAACUCGAAGCGUACUGUAAAGAGUGAAGCCCUUGAUAUCCAAGAGCUUGCUGAAUGGUUGCAGUUGGGGUCCAAAUUUUAUGUGAUUGGUGUCUCAAUGGGAUCAUAUCCCACAUGGAGUUGCCUCAAGUAUAUACCGGACAGGUUAGCUGGUGUGGCCUUAGUGGUCCCAACAGUCAACUAUCGUUGGCCUUCUCUUCCUGAGAGUCUGACAAAGCCCGACUACAGAAAGAAGCUUAUCCGGUGGGCACUCCGGAUCGCAAGCCAUGCCCCUGGAUUGCUUCAGUGGUGGGUGACUCAAAAAUGGCACCCUUCAGAUGGAGACCCAACCCUUUUCAACCAACGAGACAUCGAAGUCCUGAAGACGACGCCAGGCUUCCCCAUGUUCACCCCGGAGAAUUUACGACGACGAAGAGUAUUCGAAACUCUCAGAAGCGACUUUAAAGUAGGUUUUGGCAAAUGGGAAUUUGACCCCAUGGAUCUAAGCGAUCCAUUUCCAAAAGGCGAAAGCGCUGUACACAUUUGGCAAGGGUGUGAAGAUAAGGUCGUGCCUUUUCAGCUUCAAAGAUUUGUUUCAGGAAAGUUGCCCUGGAUAAAGUAUCACGAAAUUCCUGAUGGAGGGCAUUUGCUUGUGCAUUACACUGGUGUAUGUGACGCCAUUGUGAAUGCUCUUUUGCUGGGGGAAGAAUCUCUUUUGCUUGGAGAAGAACCGGUUUCAUGACAAGGUGGUCAUGUUUGUACAUUAUUCAUGACACCAAUAACCUCUGUGAUUCAAAUUGCUCAUUUGGUAAAGUAAAUUGGUUGCAGAAUGUCUUGCUGAUCAUAUUUUUUUUUACCAGAUGUAGUUUGUGAUUAACAGGGUUCUGACCUGCAUUUGGCUAAUUUACAGUUUCUUUCGAUAUCUUUCCGUUAUUAGACAGCAGAUUCAUCUCUUCUUGUAAGUA